AGUCAGUUCAGUAGAAAACAACGCGAUUCUUUGAAACGGACGCUUACAUGUGCCAAAAUGCAGAAAGUAUUUUGUUUAUUUCUACUGCUAUUUGUAUCACAAAAUGUGUGUGAAUCGGCGAAAUUGAAUCAUCCGCGUGUUCUGCUGCCGAUAUUUCAAGACAAAUCCAUCAAUUUCACGCUGGAAGUCGUCGAUCCCAAUUGCUACAAAUGGACAUCUUCGCGCCAAGAUCUGAUAAGUGUCACGCCUGUGCAAAACGGAUUUUCGGAGUGCUCCAGCCAGGCCAUAGUCACGGUGCAGACACGUGAGCGGCGUCGCAACACGGCGAUUGUCUUCGCCGAGGAGGUGGCCACGGGCGCAACGCUCCGCUGCGAUGUGAUUGUGGAUACGAUUGACCGGCUGAAUGUGCGCACAGCCACCAGGCAGCUCUACCUGGAGGAAGCGCCAGCGACGUUCGAACUGCACGCCUUCGACUCGCAAGGCAAUGAAUUCUUUACGCUGGAGGGCAUCGAGUUCAACUGGGACAUAUCCUCACCGAGCAAUAAUAUGCCACCUGCCCUACGCUUCCUCACCUUCUCGGACAGUCCGUUCCAUGUAGUGCCGCCGUCACUGGAGAAAUUCGAAGCAGCUGGCGUUAAGGGCUAUAUGAUCCUGCUGGAGGGCAUCAAUACGGGCACUUCCAAAGUUUCUGUGAGCAUGCCCCAGCCAGAGUACAGGCAUGUCCCGCCCGUCGAGGUGUACAUCAGUGUGCUGGCCAACAUCAUAAUUGAGCCUUCGGAGGUGACCAUCAUGGCUGGCGAUACGAUCAACUUUCGCAUAAUGCAGCUUAAAAUGGACAGACUUCAUGAUAUAACAGCUAAUAAGCAAUACUAUUUGGAGGUGGAGGACGAGAAUGUGGCCUAUAUGAAGGGCAGCGUAGCCACGGCCUCUCGGCUGGGUCGCACUCAGGUUUAUUUACGGGAUCACAACAUGCCCAAAGAAAGCUCAGCCGAGAAGCCCAAAGGACCCAGCGCUCUGCUGACCGUUGCGGAGCCCCAGAAACUUGGCAUUAGCUUGCUGCCGCACAACAAUUGGAUUACUGUGAAGGGCGAGCGGCAUGAGGUUGCAUUGGAUUUAUAUUCCGCCGAUGGUCAGAAGAUUACGCUCGGCACUCGCUACAAUAUUGGCUCCGAGGUGGACGAGGGUCUGUUCAAGAUACUCCAGAGGACGCGCAAUGGCAGUCGAUUGUACGGAGAGACGCGAAGACAAGGAUCCACCCAGAUAUAUGGCUCUUAUAAGGAUCUCUCGGUGCAGGCAGAGAUGCAAAUCUUUGGGGAGCUCACACUGGAACCCGUCAAAGUAAUUCUGCCCUACGACCCGAAUACCAUAAAGCCGCAGAAGUUUCAAUUUCAUGCCAGUGGCGGUGACUCCAACUACGUGUGGUACUCGGGUAAUCCCCAUUUGCUGCAAAUCGAUGGCCAAGGCUUGGCCACCACGGAGAUACGAGAUGUGCGCAUGGCGGGUGUGUCGCAGGAGAUAACUGACUCGGGCUUGCAGCUGACGGCACACACCACAGUUCGGGUGGGAUUGGCUAAGAAUCAAAAGAUUUCACGGCAAGCCCAAAUCUACUUUUUGCCACCGAAACGUCUGGAGGUCAAGCAAUACAAUUUUGAGACUGCUCUGAGGGAUUACGUGCGACUCCAUGUGGCUGUCUACGCUCAUGUCAAUGGCAGCUAUGUGCCCUAUACCAAGUGCGAUAACUUGCACUUCCAGCUGGACUUCUCCCAUCAGAUAUUGCAGCUGGAAAACGGACCAACCUCGGACGCACGGGAUGUACUGGCUCCGGAGGCUUGUCAUAUCCUCAAACUGCGCAGCACUGCUGUGGGCAGCACCCUGCUGCGCAUCUCAUACAGUUUCCAGGACAAAGUCCUGCAGGACUCCGUUGAUUUGCAUGUCUUUGAGCCGCUUGCAGUGCUGAAUCCUGUAGAGAAUGAAAUAGUUCUGCCCAUUGGCGCCUCACGCAAUGUCAUCUAUGCCCAUGGACCCCAACGCAUCUUUACGCUCGAGGCGGAGCUCACCAAGGACACGAAAUUCGAUGGCAAAGUUCUCAGAGUGUCGGAAAUCGAUUUCGAUACUCAGAAUGCUUUGACGGCCUUCACUGUGCUCUGCCGGGAGCUGGGAGAAACGGAGUUCACGUAUCGUGUGCACAAUCAGCUGUCCGCACCCAACUUUGCUGCCUACCACGCCGAGAUAACCACCAAGGUGCACUGCGUCCGGCCGCGUUUCCUCAAGCUCUAUGCGCGGCAGCAACUGCGCCAGUCGUGUCCCGUGGAGCUGCGCUCUUCGCUGUUGUACCUCAAGGAUGAGGAGAACAAGUUUAAGAUUGAGAUUGAGGUGCAGGAUGUGAAGAAUCGCAAGCUAAUGAACAUCAGCUCGCUGGGGCUGGAAUGGGAGUUUGCUGCAGGCGAUGAGCGUUAUCAAACGGACAGCAUUCCCCACAAGCAGCUGGCCGAAGUGGAGCUCUAUCAUAACGUACAAUUGCCCAGCAGAGAUGUGCUAGUCCUGACCUUGAAUGAGGUGGCGCCUAAUUUCCGCAUCAAGGGCACAGUCGCACGGUAUCACACGAAGCUGCUCUCGCAGCUGGGCAUCCAGCCAGAGCAUCCCAACUUUGGAGUGAAGAAUGUGAAGACAGGUGAAAUCACGAAGCCUGUGAUUGAGAACGAGAUUCGUUUCCAUACAGUCAAUAGCACAUUGCUGCCGACGGAUCAUAUCAGCAUUUACUUGGCGCCCUCGCACAGCGAGCACAUUUCCAUAGCUCAGGGCAGCGGAUUCUUUCAAUUGGAGCUCACCGAGCAGGGCGUGGUGCAAGUGACCCAUGACGAGAAGCUACAGCAGUUGGUGCUGACUCCCCAGCGUUUGGGUCAUGUGCGAUUGGAGCUCACCGAUCUCUGUCUAAUGAACGAGCCGACGCAUUUGUCCAUCUCCGUGGUGGGCAUUGGAUCGAUCACUGUGCGUGCCCUGGAUCGAGUGGAGCGAACGAAUACCAUCGAGGCCAUUGUGCGAUUGUUCGAUACGAACGACAAUCCAUUGCACAUCGAUCCGAAUAUGCUGAGCGUCUAUCAGCUAUCGCAGUUGGUGUUCGAUCCCACCAUAUUGACUGUCAAGCUGGAUGAGCAGGACAAUUUGAACGUUGGCGAAAUACGCUACAGCAUAAUGGGCAACAACAUUGGCGAGACCAAGGUUAUCUUCCAGUCGGGCAAGGGGGAGCGUCAGGUGUCCAGCGAACCGCUCAACGUGCAGGUCUUUGCGCCCAUGCGUCUCUAUCCCAGGAACUCCACGCUCGUCGUGGGCUCGAGCAUACAAAUCUACUACCAGGGCGGACCGCAGCCAAAUACCAAUAUCGUUUACACCGUGCACGAGGAAAAGGUGGCAACUAUGAGCUCUGCCAUAGUUACAGCCCACAAAUUGGGCGUUACGCGCAUAACUGGCCGCUGUUUGCUGAAGAACCCCAUCAGUGGCAAGGAUGAGAUUGUCUCCGAGGAUACAGUGGACGUGCGCGUUGUCGCUCUAACUGCCGUCCAGGUGCGCACGCCGCUUGUGCGCAUACGCUCAGGAGCUGUGAUGCCUGCCACGCUGUGGGGCCAGCCAGAUCUGUCGCCCAUGGUGCUGGGCACACUGGAGAAUAUGCGUAUAACCUGGUCAGUCAAUCAGCCGGAUGUUGUGGAGAUCUUCAAUGUGUUUACGGCAGCGGGCAUCGAGUACCAAAGCACCGAUUUAAUUUCCGUACGUAUACGCGCACUCAAUCCCGGCAAGGUCACCAUCACGGCCUCUGUCCAUCUGCCGGAUGGAUUGAAGCUGCCCGCGUCCAGUGUGGAGCUAAUUGUUUUCAAAACACUGGAGCUGCUCGCACCAAAGCCCAUAACAAUGGAUUGGAUUUUGGCGGCGCCACGAAGUACGCUACAGUUGAAAUGUAAUAUGGAUGAUGCGGUCUAUAAGUUGGAUGGCCAAAGUAGCGGCAUCGUUUCAGUGACGCCAGAUGGUGUUGUACACACAAAGGAUACCCUCGGCCGUGAUCUGAUAAUUGCCAAAACUGUCGACCAGACGCUGCCCAUUGGCAUUGAAGUGAAGAACGUACAAUACAUUUUGGUCACUUUGCAGCCGGACAUUAAAUUGAAGCAGCUGGAGCAUAAAAUACCACGCGGCAUGAAUUUCGUGUUUAAAGUUUCGCUGCACGACAAUCUCGGCAACGAGUUCUCCCACAAUAUUGAGGAUGUGAAUGGACUACGCUACGAUUUGGCCACCAAGGAUGUGGUCGAUGCACAGAUUGGAAAUAAUCUGACAAUUGCGUUGAAUUUGCAACGCGAGACAAGCAACAUGAUUGCCAUCAGUUUAAAGGAUUCAACCGGAGUUAAACAUGCUGAGGAUUACAUUAAACUGUCUGUGGCCGAGUCGAAGCUUAUAUACCCCACCCGGACAAUUUUCUCAGUGGGUGACAUCAUUUGCUUCGAUUCACCGCUAACAUUGUCAUCGAUUUGGAGCAGCUCCAAUGAGCAGGUGGUGACGAUUAACAAGAACACAGGCAUUGCACGCGUGCUGAGCCAGCAGCAGAAGCUGGGCGAGAAGGUCGUGGUGACGUGUGGCGAUAAAUCGCAUCGCGGCGGCUACCUCAAAUACGAUCUGGAAUUGCGCGAAGCGGACACGAUUGUGUUUGCCAAAUCGUUUGACAUAUUCAGUGGGUCAGAGUACACGGCACAGCUGGUGCUGCGCAAUCACAUUCAGACGGACAAGUACAGCAAUCUGAUUGCCCACAAUAUAUCCAAGUGCAUAAAUCAAUUGCAUAAAAUUGCCGUGGAGGCGUUCACCUGUCGCCUGGUGGCCAAGGAUGAGCUCGGCCAAAAGCUGCUGAAGCUGUAUCAUGUCGAGGCCAUAUUCGACGUGCACAGCAGCCAGUAUGCGUGCAAGCUGGUGCUAAAGUCCAGUUUUACGGAUCUGCUCUCCACAUUGAAGUCAAACAAUGUGCAGCUCGAGCUGGAGGCUGCGAUGCCAAAUGGCAAUUUGGGUACCAUGUCGCUGAAAAUGGUGCCGGGCAUUAAAGUGUCGCUCGAAUCGCUGCAGGUGCACGAUUUGAAAUCCCAGGAGCUGCACAUAACGGGACUGGACAAGGCAUUGCAAAAGCUGCAGGUCAAGCCCUCGGACUCGAAAUACUUUACCGUCGAAUUGAUUGAGCAGGCGCAUGGCAUUAGCAAAUAUCGUGUGCGUUUCUUUCAAGAUUUUCCACUCGAUGAACAUUUCUAUGUGCUGAUUCAUUCGCCGGAAACAAAUCAGAGCGUUGAGGUGCCCAUUGUGGGCGACACCAGCGUCGGCCAGAAGUGCGAUGGACGUCUCGGCGGCCCACUGAUUCAGCAUCUUAUCCAGAAUCUGGGCUUCAUUAUUACAACAAGCGCCAUAGUCAUCAUAUCGAUCUGGAUAUACAUAUCGUUCUUCCAGACGCAGGGCGUCACGCAAGUCAACUCCGAGGUUUUCCAGAAGUCAAAGGAUAAUUUGGAUUCGCUUAGCUUCUCAAGCCGCGGCUCACCACGGAAUUCUUCAUUUGAUGAACGUACAUAUUCACAGCGUCCGCCCUCUAGGGAGGAGUCCUUUAUCUAUGGGGUUCCCCAGUUGAAUACACCAAAUCGUGGAGAUGGUUUACGUCGUUAUCAUUAGUUUCUAGACUGCAGAAAUGACUAAAAA